UUGGGGAGGGUGUGUGUGUGUGAGAGAGAGAGAGAGAGAGAGAGAGGAGUGUGUGCCUUUUUUCAACUUUGUCCUCAGAAACUAGCUCAUAAAAUUCACUCUGACUUUAUCUGAGAGAAGGAAAGUGCAGUGAAGUAACGGGAAGACUCUGCACGGAGCUAAAGGUCUGAUGGAGCGCUUGUAACUGUGUCCAGGUUCAGGGUUUGAAGGAAAUGUCGAAGCUGUUCCGGGCUGUGAUUUUGGGUCCUCCAGGCUCGGGGAAAGGCACCAUCUCGGAGCGCGUGGCGAGCAGUUUCGGCCUGAAACAUCUGUCCAGCGGUGACUUCCUGCGCGAGAACAUCGCGGCCAGAACGGAGGCUGGAAUUUUGGCUAAAACAUACAUCGAGAAAGGUGCUUUGGUGCCAGACCAUGUGAUGACCCGCUUGAUGCUUCCCCGGGUAGAGGAGAUGACCCGGCACAGCUGGCUGCUGGAUGGUUUUCCUCGGACUCUAGCCCAGGCCGAGGCUCUGAACAGUGCCUGCGAGCUUGACGUGGUCAUUAGUCUUAACAUUCCUCUGGAAACAUUGAAGGAAAGACUGCGUCAUCGCUGGAUCCACCAAGCCAGCGGGAGGGUGUACAACAUGUGCUUUAACCCUCCUCGUGUCCAGGGAGUGGAUGAUAUCAGUGGAGAGCCACUGAUCCAACAUGAAGAUGAUAAACCAGAGGCACUGGUUGCCAGAUUGAGACACUACAAAGACGUGGCAAAGCCUGUCAUAGAUUUAUACAGGGCCAAAGGCAUCCUACACAUGUUUUCGGACACAGACACGGACCGGAUCUGGCCUUACAUCAGCUCACUUCUGAGUGCUAAGAUCCCGACAGACCUAGCAGACGCUCAAAGAGCCACAACUCACUGAAGAAAUGGUUCAUAUUGUUAACGGUUAAUUCUACUUAUUGGUAUAGCAUUUAUCACUUAGAGCUUCAUUAUAUAGUUCAUUUCUUAAAAAAGACUUGUCAUCCCUCACUUUCAGUCAAAUUCAAUGUAUCAAGACUGAAUCACUGUACUUUUUAAGUAUUAUUUUAGAUGCAGGAAGGAACAUUACAUACCAAAGCAUCUGCUUUUAUCAAUCUUUAGCUAAAAUGCAGAAUACCUGUUGACUAACCUGGUUAUACGUUUUUAGUGUUUUUAAGGAAACACAGCCAUAUUAGACUGUAUAUGUACUUUAAGUAGAAACAAGUAGAAUCUUCACAAAUCAGGGUGGCUAGACGGUUUCAAUGUUUAUGUGUGUAUUGCUAGUAAUAAUGAAUAUAUGUGACUUUUUGGGAUAGGAAAGUCAUUAUUCCAAUAUUCCCGUGACUUAUGUGAUUUAAGUAAUUUCUGUCAUUGUUUUGAUACACUGCUCUGUUUUACUGUAACAUGUGGCUGUGUAUUAUGCUGCCUUUCUGUCUGGAAUAUUCUCUCGUCAUUGUUCCUAAAUGAUUUUAUCUGUUACUGAGUGUCUGUACAGACUUAAAUAAUGGUGUGUGUGUACUUGUACUUGCUACAUAUUAAGGACCAGAACAUGCUUUUAACCAACGAAGUUAGGACAUGUUUGGGAAGCAAGGACAUUCUGGCUGGUCCUCCCUAGUCUGGUUAACACCAGACCAUAUCACAAGUGAAAUAUCUUGCAGUCACGUGACCGGAAAGUACACAACCGCCAUCUUGUCGGUCAAAAACACCGCUGAAUACUGCUGCACUCGUGUACAGAAUGGAUCAAUUUCAACCGACGGACUACACGGCUCAUUUUUCUAAUGAACAGAUAACUAGAUAUAUGUCUAAAAUAAACGAUCUACAGAUUUGUGACCCUUAUGGCUUACCGGACGGAGUUUUCACGACCGGAUUUUGAACUGCCAGCGGAAUACCCAGACGUGUAUAAUUACCUCAUUAACUUUCCCUCGCUGUUCAGUGGUGAAGCACUGCGUGCCUAUAAAUCUCUGGACAGUUAUCUUUACAGAAAUUCAGGAUUUGUCAGCGACUCAGAUGUGGCAUCUUGUAAACAAGAAUCCUCAUUGGAUGGGUAAGUCACUUAAGUAUUGAGUAUAGCACUGACCAGCCGAUUAUAGAAUAGAAUAAGGUAAUUCCAGCUGUAAUUCCAAAUCGUCCGUCUUGUUUAUAUGGAUCUGGCAUUGGAGAGGUAGAGGCUUAGCAGUGGAGGUUUGAGUGGCUGUUUUCUGAGCUUAGUCAACAGGCCUUGCUUCCUCUCCUGACGCCGCCUCCUUCGCUUUGCUUCCGAUAACAAUCCACGGAGACCCCGCUGGUCUCGCUAUCUCGUCCGGAAUGUUGUGCAUGCGAUGGAAAUCGCUACAAACCGUCAUUUUCUGCUGGAAACCAAUGUCCAGUAAGUCCAUACGGUUGUAGUGGAUAUUGAAGUCCGGUACAGACGAACAACACGCAAAAAUACACACAAAAAACAUAAAAAACGUACACAGGUAGGGAGAGCUUGUAGCCGCAGCCGUUGUAGUAGAAUUGUAUAUAGUAGGGUUUUCCAGAAGAAAAGGUAGAAGUAAAAGUAGAAGUAGAAGGCGGAAUAUGGCGUUUGACCUACAAGAUGGCGUCUGUCACAAUCUGGAUCGGCUGUGACGUCACAUGCAAGUGCUCCAUUGAAUUUCUCGUAGGGGAGGUGUGGUUUACGAUUGUCAACGGCCGUUUACUGGACGUUGCGAAUGUCUAUCAUUUGGCGUAUACGUAGCCCAUGGCCAAUCAUGGCAGUUGUACCCGGUGACGUAGUUAGAGCGACGAAGAAGACGAAGAGGCGAAGAAAGACUGUAACGCCAAACGCUGUUCUUUUUUUAAAACAAACUUUCGCUCUAAACUAUUCAGAACAGUGUCUAAAGCUUGAUCGAAAGUUUGGUUCGUAUCGCUCGCCGCCAUGUUAAAUGUGAUCUGUAAACAGUCCCAAAUAAACUACAAGCUUCCGUUUGUUGAGUAGUACGCGUCACCGUCUUUCCACCCCUCCCCACUCUCUGAUUGGCUCCCUAACUCAGGCGAGCCUUUAGACCAUAGUUUCCAUGCUGUCUUUUCAGAUCGGAACGAUUGUGCAAAGCAGCAUGGGAUUUCCCAGGCUAGGUCCUCCCUUCUUCAAAGGGCUGUUUGAGGGUUACGACUUGGUUUUAAGGUUCAGGUUAGAAUUGGGUUUAGGUUAAAGGAAAAGGCAACUUUUGUACAAAACCAGGUGUGUAAUAGGAGAAAAACAUAUACGUAAUCAAUUCCGUUAAUUAUUUCCAUUAUAUAUCGAACAUGAAAAAAUAUUUUUAACUUUGAAAUCAUGAAUUGACACAGAGGAGCCGAAGUUGGAGGAGGCAGCCAUUUUGAGACUGUGGGCAACUAUAAACCAAUCAGAAUCUUUCGUUAAUGCGCCUCCCUCUGAUCUGUGACGUCACUGGGCCCAUGAAAACAGUGUUUACAGACAGAUCACUGUGAGGACAGUAAGGAGUCCCGCCGGGUGGCUUGUAUCCGAUUCGUUUAUAUCCCGACCUUGUCAGCUGUCAGAUUUAUGUUCAUGGACCCGGUAAGCUGGUAAAUAAUAUUUAUUUAUUUUUUUCUUUACCAAAUUCUAACAGAAAACGAGAGCGCCCGAAAGGGAAAACCGAGCCGAACCGCUUUGCGCAUGCGCAGUAGGCUUGGUAGGACAAAUCCAAAUAGGAGUCAUUCAGGAUUCAGCCAUGUUUUUGCUCCGUGUUUUUACUCAACCAAAGUUAUACAGUAUUAUGAGCUUUAAGUUGCAUAAAUAAAACCAUUUGGUGAAACUUUGAAGAAGCGAUUGUACUGGUUUUUUUACCUUAUUACCAUGAAGCACUGAAGAGUUCUUUUCAGUGGUGGGCCGCAUGACGUCACGCAGUAGAUCAAUAUGGCGGAACGCAUCUUCGCUGAGCUCAGCGCAAGCCCAUAUUAUUAAAAGUUAAAAGAUACUGUUAUGCGGUCUGUUCUUUCUCUAUAAAUUCCAUGAUCGAUUACUUUAUAUAUUUAUCGAUCUAUUUGUGGUGAUUUUGUACAAAAGUUGCCUUUUCCUUUAAGGUUAGGGCAAGGGUUGGGAUUAAGCAUUUAUUUGUGAUGGUUAAGGUUAGGGUAAGGGGCAAGGGAAUGUAUUAAGGUCAAUGAGUGUCCCCACAAAGAUGGAAGUGUGUAUAUAUAUAUAUAUAUAUAUAUAUAUAUAUAUAUAUACACACAUACACAGUGUGCAAAAGUCUUAGGCACGUGUAAAGAAAUGCUGUAGACCAAAAAUGGCUUAAAAAAUAACUAAAUGAAAUGUUUCAACAUUUUAAAAAUACUGUAAGCAGUAAGCCGUAAUAAAUUAAACAAAGUCAGUAUUUGGUGUGAGAUGACGCUUUGCUUUUUAAAAAAAAUAGUAGUCUCAGGUACAAUGAGUGCAGUUUUAUGCGGAAAUGAGCUGUAGGUUUUACUGAGCAUCUUACAGAACCGGCCACAGUUCUUCUGGACACUUUGACUCUCACACUCACUUCUUUUUUUUUUUUUUAAAGAUAUAUUUUUUCACCUUUAUUGGAUAGGACAGUGUAGAGACAGGACAGGAAGUGAGUGGGAGAAAGAGAUGGGGAGGGAUCGGGAAACAACCUCGGGUCGGAAUCAAACCCGGGUCCCCGGAUUUAUGGUAUGGCGCCUUAGUCACCUGAGCCACGACACCCCAAUCUCACACUCACUUCUUAAUUUUGCACCAAAACCCAGCAGCCUUCAUUAUGUUUUCUUUUUUAAUCUGAAAAGUGCUCUUUUAUGGAAUAUACUGCUCAGAUACAAAGUUUUUUGUUUUCUCUAACAUUUAAUUUUGUGCUGGAAUACGAACGUUUGGACUCUAAAAUGUUUUUGUACUGACUCGAUAAUGUAGAAGUCAUAAAAUAGAAAUCUAUAACAAAGUUUGUAUGAAAAGAAAAAAACAAUAGGGUGCCUAAGACUUUUGCACAGCACUGUAUAAGGAAAAUUUGUCUGUAAACUGGAUUUGUGGGCUGUUGGAGUUUAGGACUUUGAGAAAAUGUUACAUGUGCCAUAUACAUUGAUAACAAUGACAUGUUCGAUAUCACACCCUUUCAGUAAUUUAUUUAACUGGGACUUAGUGAGUAUUUUUGCCAACCGCAUUUUACAUUUAAUUAUGUCAUUUUGUAUGAUUUUGAAAAGAAUACUUAAUAUGUUUUGAAAAGAUGAUUGCCCCCCCAAUGCUACAAAUCACCUGUCUUGAUAAAAUACUGAGAUAUGCCUGUGAACCUCAGUGUCUGCGCUUCAGGCAGAUAGAGGUGAGGCAGAAUAAUCUCUGGAUGCAAGUCUAAAUGAGAGGAAAUACUACUUAACCUAUGAAUUACUUAACCUUUUCACAGCAUUGCUCCUCUCUCUACCUAUCUGAUUUUCAACAGGCACAGUACUGUACUGUAUACGUAAGCCAAAGGUUGUGAAACAAACCCCCUUACUGUCUUACUGUGCAUUAUCACACACACUGCAUCCAGUUCUGAAUGUCAUCUCUCAACCAAAUAAACCUUUUCUCUUGUUUCUAAAAAAUAAA